UAACACCCCAUCAGAGCCUGGUCCAAUCGGACCUGUUGCGCCGGCCGCCGGGAGGAGAGACGCCGCCGUCUCGCCUUUUGCCUCCUUUCCCUAUUUCCCCUUCCCUGGCAAGCUGCAGCCAAGGAGGAGGAGGAUGUCGAAGUCCUGCAAGGGGUUAGCCAUGGAGCUCGUUAAGUGCCUCAGCGAGACGGACUGCGUCAAGGUGCAGAAAAGACCGUACAAGGAGUGCGCGGGGGAGAAGGCGCCCAACAUCACCAGCGAGUGCGUCGGCUUGCGAGAGACAUACUUCAACUGCAAAAGGGGCCAGGUUGACAUGCGAGCCCGGAUACGUGGAAACAAGGGGUACUAAAGGUGCGCCUGCGAACUCCUUUAUCCACUUUGAGCUCCAGCCAAAUUGUGACUACAGGACCUCUUAUGUUAUAGAUACUUUUGAUCUCCAUAGAAUAUGUAUUUUCUUUGUGAUAGGAGAGAGGAACCAACUCAAAGCAUUUCUGUUGAUGAGGUGCAUUUCUAUGUUGCUGCCUAACCAUUGUCUUAUUCGAAGAAUGUUUGAUCAUAAACGCAGUAUGUCUGCAUUGUUGUUAUGGGAAGAGAACUAACACGGAGCCCUUGAAUAGAUUCAAUUGAUGAGAGGGUGUAUCUCUAUGUUGUUUUCCUUGCAUUAUUUAAUUAUGUUUCAGUAAAA